GAAAAUUAUCAAACACACAUAUAGCAAAAUAAAAUUAAAGUGGGAUUAGCAUUACUAAUACAACUACUACAACUCCGCCAUAAGCCUUUUCUAUCCCUCACUCAGUCGUCAGACAAGACUUUCUUCAUCGCCAAACACUCAUGAAUACUAGGUAUAUGGAAAGGACCAACUCUAUGAGAGGUAAAAGAAGCUUAGAUAAUGAUGGUAAUGAUGACGAUGACAAGGACAAGCAGCAACCCGAGCGAAAGCGUCCGGCUUUAGCUAGUGUAAUUGUUGAAGCCUUAAAGGUGGAUAGCCUGCAGAAGCUUUGUUCAUCCCUGGAACCCAUCCUUCGUAGAGUUGUUAGUGAAGAGGUGGAACGCGCUCUUGCAAAGCUUGGUCCUGCUAGAUUAAAUGGAAGUGGAAGGUCUUCACCAAAGCGACUUGAAGGGCCAGAUGGCAGAAAUUUGCAACUGCACUUCAGAUCAAGGCUCUCUUUACCCUUAUUUACUGGAGGUAAAGUUGAAGGGGAGCAGGGUGCCACUAUUCAUAUGGUCUUAGUUGAUGCAAACACAGAUCAUGUUGUUACAUGUGGACCUGAAUCCACUGCAAAGCUAGAUAUUGUUGUACUAGAAGGUGAUUUUAACAAUGAAGAUGAUGAAGAUUGGACACAGGAGGAAUUUGAAAGCCAUGUUGUGAAAGAGCGUGAAGGAAAGCGACCACUUUUAACUGGAGAUCUACAGGUUACACUCAAGGAAGGAGUAGGGACUUUAGGGGAGCUUACAUUUACUGAUAAUUCAAGUUGGAUAAGGAGCAGGAAAUUCCGACUUGGGCUGAAGGUAUCCUCAGGAUUUUGUGAGGGCAUCCGCAUACGUGAGGCGAAGACAGAAGCUUUCACUGUUAAAGAUCACAGAGGGGAAUUGUAUAAGAAACACUAUCCACCUGCUUUGAAUGAUGAAGUAUGGAGAUUGGAGAAGAUUGGCAAGGAUGGGUCAUUUCACAAGAGGCUUAGUAAAUCAGGAAUAUUUACAGUUGAAGACUUUCUUAGACAUGUUGUCAGAGAUCCACAAAAACUAAGAACUAUUCUUGGAAGCGGUAUGUCGAAUAAAAUGUGGGAAGCUCUUUUAGAGCAUGCAAAAACUUGUGUUGUUAGUGGGAAACUUUAUGUGUAUUAUCCUGAUGAGACGAGGAAUGUUGGUGUUGCUUUCAACAAUAUAUAUGAGCUGACUGGGCUAAUAACUGGUGAACAAUACCAGCAUAUUGAUUCUUUAUCUGACAGUGAGAAGGUAUAUGUAGAUACGUUGGUAAAGAAAGCAUAUGACAACUGGAAUCAAGUUGUGGAGUAUGAUGGAAAAUCACUCCUGAGCUUCAAGCAACUUAAUAAUGCGCCUCAAAAUGAACUCCCAAUGCGUCCAAUAGAGUAUCCUAAUGUUUUGGGUCAGAUGACCCCGCAGCGGUUUUCUGUUCCAGUUCCUUCUCAGCCAUCAACUAUAGAUCCAAGCCUGUUGAUGCCAGACGCAGGUUUUAAUGACAGCCUUACAACUAGAUACCCAAGUCAGUCACAGUUUGAAAACCCAAAUUCUCGUGCUCAGUAUGGUAGUACAUCGUUUGUUUCACAAGACCAGCAAGCUAAUCACUCGCACCAGAUGCAAAGUAAUAACUAUGAUAACAGGGUGGGUCUUGCGCUUGGCCCACCACAAUCCUCAUCUUCGUUCCAGACGCUAAACACCUCUGUUCAGCAGUCUAGUCUUAACCCUUUUGAUGAUUGGUCCCAAAACCAGAAUAAAGGUGUUGAUGACUUCCUUUCAGAGGAGGAGAUUCGUGCGAGAAGUCACGAGAUGCUGGAAAAUGAAGAUAUGCAGCACUUGCUGAGACUCUUUAGCAUGCAAGGUCAUACCUCUGUAAAUGGCCCUGAUGAUGGCUUCUCCUUUCCAUCAUUCGCGCCAUCACCAUUACCAAAUUUUAGUUUUGAUGAGGAUCAAAACCGCCCUGGAAAAGCUGUUGUGGGUUGGCUAAAAAUUAAGGCAGCGAUGAGAUGGGGGUUCUUUAUUAGGAAAAAAGCUGCUGAAAGGCGGGCUAAGAUUGUACAAUUAGAUGAUGACUGAUCUUGAAGAAAACAUGUCAAGUACCGGGAUGAUCGUGGCCGCAGUUACUUUUUCUGGUGGCAGCGAAGCUAUUAUCAGUCCAGGAUAUAUCUAGCUACAAAUCCACAGAACUGUAGUCUUCUAUGCCCACUUGAGAUCUCAGGUCUGUGGCAGUCUGGUAGAUAUCAAAUACCUUCAAUGUACAGUCAUGUUUACAGUAAUGUUUUUUUUCGCUCAGUUAUGUUGAAUCUGGUUUGUAUAUGGGUACUUUUGGACCCAAAAGUGAUUUGUUUUCUGUAGUUUAAUGUUGCUAGGAUAACAAUUUUUAUACACACAGUAAGCUGUAACAAUAUUUAGCUAUGGUUUAAUUAUGGUUAAAUAACUGCGAUAUUGCUAUA